AUUUCCCCAGCCAACGCAGGGGAUUCUGGGAGGAAAGGUUAAUGAUCUCCGGGAACAUGAUAAUGGAAGCGGACUCUAAACACCGAACUAUUGUAGGUGGAAACACAAAAUCCGUAACAUACAAGCAGAUUUCUGUGAGAGGUAAAUGUUAUCACGCCUGCGCCACAAUUAUUUCGUGUAACAUCAAAAGCGCUCUCUGUAUGCGAAUGUAGCUACUAGUGUGGCUAGCCAGCCAUAGCUGGCCAUUGUUUUUGUUUAGUAAACGAAGUGAAAGCAAUAUAAAAAUAGUGUUUUCCCCAGCCGAGGAAGGGCCCAGCAGUGGGGCAGACUGUUUGAGUAAUGAAGUUUGGUUUCUCUCGGGAAGAUGGAUGAAAAGUCCACCAACCAACACCGGCUCUAUAUUGCCCUGGUGAUGGUGUUGCUCUUUGGUGUCAUUGUGCUUCAGUACGUUUGUCCUAGCUCCGAUUGCCAGCUGUUGCACCUAGGAUCAUUGUCCUCCAAGUCGGGCGGCAAUGCCAUUGGGUCCCGGGAAGAGAUAAACGACAUUGGCCUCAGUGGAAAGGACCCGUACGUCGCUGAGGACGGUGCCCUAGCCCGGUUCGUUCCCCGCUUCAAUUUCACAACUUCCGACCUCAGUCGCCUCGUAGACUUCAAUAUCAAGGGAGACGAUGUUAUUGUUUUUCUUCACAUCCAGAAGACAGGGGGCACAACCUUUGGUCGACAUUUAGUGCGUAAUAUUCAACUCGAGAGGCCUUGUGAGUGUCAUGCUGGCCAAAAGAAAUGUACCUGUUACCGGCCAGGUAAAAGGGAAACGUGGCUUUUCUCCCGGUUCUCCACCGGAUGGAGCUGCGGUCUUCACGCGGACUGGACGGAGCUGAUCAACUGUGUGCCGUCCCUCAUGAACAUGCGUGAGCCACCCAAGAAGCCUACAGUUCCCAGCCGGAACUACUACUACAUCACCAUCCUGCGUGACCCGGUGUGGCGCUACCUGAGCGAGUGGCGGCAUGUGCAGCGCGGUGCCACCUGGAAGGCCUCCCUGCACGUGUGUGACGGGCGCGCCCCCACUCUGGCCGAGCUGCCCAGCUGCUACCCCGGGGAUGACUGGUCGGGCUGCUCCCUGAAGGAUUUCAUGGACUGCCCCUACAACCUGGCCAACAACCGGCAGGUCCGCAUGCUGGCAGAUCUCAGCCUAGUGGGCUGCUACAAUGUCUCGGCCAUGAGCGAGGAAGAGCGCUGGGCCGUGUUAUUAGAGAGCGCCAAGCGGAACCUGCGGGGUAUGGCCUUCUUCGGCCUGACAGAGUACCAGAGGAAAACCCAGUACCUGUUUGAGAAGACCUUCCGCCUGGCGUUCAUCGCCCCCUUCACCCAGAUCAACGGCACGCGGGCGGGCAGUGUAGAGGUCGCCCCUGAGACGCAACACCGGAUCCGCCAGCUGAACCAAUGGGAUGUGGAGCUAUACGAAUACGCCCGUGACCUGUUCCUCCAGCGCUUCCAGGUGGCCCGUCAGCAGGAGAGGAGGCAGGCCAGAGAGAAGAGGCAGCAGGAGAGGAGGAGGCUCAGAGGGAGGCUGGGGUCAACUAGGCUGGGGAUGGGGUGGCCGGUGGCGGUGUGGCCCAGCGACAAGCCCCAGUGGACAGAGACCCAGGCUGGGGAGGCGAUCACCACCCACCUACGACCACCCCCACCACCCUCCCCAGAGAUGAAGCAGCAGGAGGGGGAAGAUGGAGAGGCGGUGGAGGCUGAAGUGCGGCUGCCAGAGUGGUGGGAUCUGGAGGAGAACAGCACCAUGGAGGACUACAUGGAUAAUGUGGAACAGUGGCGGUAGUAGUGAGAGGACCAAGCCGAAGAGGGAGGGAAGGGUUGACUGACUGAGCCACAUGAAUUUGCCAGGCUUGCCUUGUCUGCACAAUAUCUCCUUUCUCCCGAAGUGUGCACAUAUUCACGUCCCUUCAUGGAUUUGAAAGGAAAUGACUGGUAUAAUACAAAUGUGGUUUUGCCCAUGCCUACACCAAUCCAAAGCUAUUAAAUAUUUUGGGAAUAGUGAACAAAUGCACACUUCAGGAACAAAGAGAUAUGGGACACAUCCAUUAUCAAAACUCAACGCUAACCACGCACAGCUCCCUUUAGCCUGCAUUCCAACCUUUAGUCCAGGGAUUCCCAAACUUUUUGGCCCAUGACUCCAUUUUGAUAUGUGAAAAUUCUUGCGACCCCAGCCAUGUGAAGUUUACAUUUUUAAUUGGUGCUAUGGAAGUCAAUUGCAAAUUAGUCUGACAUAAUUGAUCUUAUCUCACCACCACUAAUGAGAUGGGUGAGCUUGAUGCAUGUCGCGUCGGAGCUUCUCAAAGUCAGGGGGCAUGGUCGACAGUGCGCAUCUCAUCUCCUGUCACAUCCAACCUGGAUCGAUAUUUGUUUUUAAUGCAGACUCGGAGGGAGAUGGCACAUUAUUCCCUCUGAGUCAGGAACCAAAACUCCUCCAUAGUGACCCGUGAAGGCGUUGUCUGCAGCAUUCGGUCACAUGACAGCUCGAUCAGCUGUUCCAUUUCACUUACCGGCAUGUCAACUGAGCCAGGAUCACAGUCAAACGGAUUUCGCUGAUUUGGUCACUCAUCUAUAUAAUUUUUUUAUAUUUCCCCUGCAUGUUAAGUUCCCCAAAUAUGUCUGUUACAUUUUUCUUUUCAUUAUACAGAAAGUCAACAAAGUCUGUUUUUUUACAUCCAUUGCGAAUGACAACAGUUCCUCUCUCAAUUCAAAAAAUCGUUCCAACACU